AUGGUCGACGCGGUAGAUAUGGCAGAGUCUAGGUCGUCAAAAUCCCAAGCCGCCUUGAACGAAGGUAAGAGGCGACGGGGCAGUUCUUCCCUCUCAGACUAUACGCUUGGGGAUUGCCUUGGGCGUGGUGCAUCGGGGUCGGUCUAUAGAGCUAUAAACUAUACUACCGGGGAAACUGUUGCCAUCAAGCAAAUUCGGCUUUCAGACCUACCACACAGCGAACUUGGGGCUAUUAUGCGGGAAAUCGAUCUUCUCAAAAACCUAAACCAUCCUCACAUCGUUCAAUACCACGGGUUUGUCAAGUCAGUUGACUCCCUUUAUAUUAUCUUAGAGUUCUGUGAGAACGGAUCUCUCCAUAGCAUUUGCAAAAACUUUGGAAAGUUCCCCGAGCAUCUCGUUGGGAGGUACACUGGACAGGUCCUCGAUGGUCUUUUUUAUCUUCACGAACAGGGGGUCAUUCACAGAGACAUUAAAGGAGCCAAUAUAUUGACCACCAAAGAAGGUCACAUCAAACUGGCCGAUUUCGGUGUCGCUACCCGAGCAAAUGAUGCUACAGUCGUUGGGACACCUUAUUGGAUGGCACCGGAGGUUAUAGAGCUCGUUGGUGCAACAACAGCCUCUGAUAUCUGGAGUGUAGGUUGCACGGUCAUCGAGCUUCUCACUGGCGACCCUCCGUACUACGACCUAAGCCCCAUGCAAGCCCUUUUCCGCAUCGUGAGCGAUGACCACCCAAGUUUGCCUGAAGGUGCUUCCCCAGCUGUUCGCGAUUUCUUGAUGCAAUGCUUUCAAAAAGAUCCUAAUCUAAGGGUUUCUGCAAGGAAACUUCUGAGACAUCCCUGGAUUGUGAAGACGAGACCGGUAUCAAAGGAGCCAAAUCCCAAAUACGUGGACGAUGUUAGAAGUGUCCAGCAGUGGAAUGAAGCCUUGAAGAUGCCUCUUGAUGUACAUGGUGUGCGCAGCAAGCCAGUACCUUCUCAUCAGGUACCCCAAUCUAAAGUAGACCCAACUAAUAAGGAUGGAUUUGCUGCCCUACAAGAAUCAUCCUUUGAUGAUAACUGGGAUGAUGAUUUUACCCCUUCUAUAAAUUCUAGUAGCUUUGAUCUGACGCAUUUGAAAUCACACGAUGCAACUGGUGGCCAGUCUAUUCGUCGGAACCAGGCGAGCAGCGAACAAGCAACAUACCCUGGAUACUUUGCCCAAGAAGAUGACAACAUGGAUACAAUCAAACCUAAGAAAACAAGCCUCUUGAAAGCUCUGCAUAUUGAACAGGGCAAGCAAAAGUCCCGCCCAAGUACGUCGGCAUCAGCGACUUUGUCAGAAUCGUACCCCCCAGGGGGGAAAUCGCUAUUUCCGUCAUUAUUUGCGGACCACCUGGCUAGCGAAAGUAUUGAAGAUGUAGAAGACUUCGAUAUGAAUGAUUUAGAAAGUCCAUUUGGACGGGAACAAGAGCAGGGCCUGUCGAGUAUAGUCUCGAGAAAACCGACAGACAGGUUUCGGCGAAGUCACUCUAACGAGGUUGAACAUUCUCGCAUUUCAGGGGAUACUCGAUUGUUGAAGUUGGGGUCAAGAGACGACUCCUCGCUCGAUGAGUUAAAAGUAGCGGCAAAAAUCAACAAGUAUACGGAGGCGGAAGAAGAAGACGAUUUCUCAGAUAUAUUUUGGGUACCAGACUCACUCGGUCCAAAGCACGACGGAGCUUCGCGAAAGAACAACCUAGUGUUGGCACCUAAGGGCACCGAUCCAAAGAUCGGCCUAUCUGAUGAGUAUGAAGAAGAUGACCCCUUUUCCGAACUCGAAGAAGGCCUCACAGAGCUAGAUCUCGACGCCAACAUCGCUAGAGAUCAACAUGCCCGUCUAUGCACCGAGGUUUCUAGUUACAUCGAAUCCCUAAAAUCCCAACACACAGGAAUUUUUCUAGAAGAUACGACAGCUAAGCUCCUAGGAAUCCUCUUGGACUCUCCGGAAACGAAAACAGCAGUUAUUGCUUCUCACGGGCUUCUUCCCAUACUUGAAGUACUGGAGUCCGGCCGGAAUCGAGAAGUUAACAUUACACUUCUGCGAGUCAUCAAUGCGCUCACUUUCAACGAUAUUGAAUUACUCGAAAAUCUUUGCUUCGUAGGGGGUAUACCUACGAUUACCAAAUUCGCAACGAAACAUCACCAUAAAGAAAUUCGAUUGGAGGCCGCGAUUUUUAUCCGUCAAAUUUGCCAUAUGUCACGGCUGACGCUCCAGAUGUUUGUAAGCUGUGGAGGGUUGAAUGUGCUUGUGGAACUAAUCGAGGACGAUUAUUCCACUCACAAAGAGCUUGUUCUCACCGGCAUCGAGGGCGUGGUCGACGUUUUCAAGCUACAGGGUUCGACCCCAAAGAACGAUUUUUGUCGAAUCCUCUCUCGGCAUAUGGUUUUGCGCCCAUUGUCUCUAGUUCUCUCCCAAAUAUGCAAGGAAAAGGAGGACCGGUACGAAGUUUAUUGUGAAAAAAUAGUCAACCUCUUUUACCUUUUCUCACAAGCCGAGAACCAAGUCAAGGAAGUCAUUGCGGAUAGGGUGACACUAAAGAGGAUAAUGAAGGAUCUCCCCGACCUUCCGCUUACCUGUCAGAUUGCCUUCCUCAAGUUCGUGAAAAACCUAUCGAUGUUGUCAACAACCCUUGAUAUAUUGCAGAAUGCGAAUGCAAUCGAGGUUUUAAUAGAGAUGCUCUCAGAAAAUACGCACAAACCACAAUUUAAAGAACUAUCCAAUCAAAUACUCAGUAUUAUGUUUAAUUUGUGCAGACACAGCAAGUCAAGACAAGAGGAAGCUGCUAUCAAUGGAAUCAUUCCUGUCUUGCAGAAGAUUGUGCGAACCGACCGGCCAUUGAAGGAAUUUGCUCUCCCAAUUCUUUGUGACAUGGCACACUCAGGCAGACUGGGCCGAAAAUACCUUUGGCAGAAUAAUGGCUUAGAAUUCUUUGUAUCAUUGCUUUCUGAGCCUUAUUGGCAGGUUGCCUCGCUAGAAGCGAUUCUUGUGUGGUUACACGAGGAGCCAGCACAGAUAGAAGAGAGACUCCUACAAUCCAAUGCGACCCGUGCUCUCAUUAGUUGUUUCACCGGAUCUAAGACGAACACAUUUGAAAACAUCUUGGAACCAUUCCAGAAGCUAUGUCGAUUAAGUGGGCCCAUCGCUCGCGCAAUGGGGCACCCGGACUUUUUCGAGCGUGUUUUGCAGAAGCUCACUCACCCGAAGGCUGUAGUGAGGUUGAGUUUACUCAGAAUUGUUCGUAGUAUUUGUGAUGCGAAUGGAGACCAGGAAGACUUGUUGGCCCGGAGUGGGCUGUUUCCGAUGAUCCUCUGGCUCGCAGAAAAUGAUGGGGCAAUUUUAGUGCGCAAUAUUGCUAGUGAAUUCGUCAAAACACGCAAGAACCAAUUGCAAUCCGGCAGAAAUCACAAGUACCAUGCCUCCUCCACCCCGGCUACUCCAAGAUCAAUGGGUAUAUUUCGUGCGUCAUCGCAUUUGAGCCGGCCAAGAAAACAUGCAGACUACUCGCCUAUCUCCCACGAUAUUGAGGGAAGCAAGGAAAUAGGUCUGAAGGCAAACAAAACCUGUCUGAAAAUAGAGAGGCGGAAGCGACAACAAUCAACAUGA